UGUAACUGAGAAAAAUGGAAGUCAUUUACCUCAGUGCGUGAUUUGUCACACAGUUUUGAGUAAUGAUGCAAUGCGACCUGGACGAUUGGAACGUCAUUUAAUCACUAAUCAUCCCAGUUUAAAAGACAAACCGAUCGAUUUUUUUCAUGCUAAAAUAAACUCGGUAAAACGAAUGAAACUUGAUUCAACUGGUCAUUUUGCAAGGGAAAAUGAAAAGCUUAUGGAAGCUUCUUACGAGAUUGCCUUGUUGAUAGCUAAAGACAAGAAACCACACACUAUUGGUGAGUCCCUUGUAAAACCUUGUUUAUUUACUGCUUGUAAAACUAUAUUAAAUGAAGAAAGUUGUGCUAAAGUUGCAAAAAUUUCUCUGUCUAACGAUACAAUAAAACGCAGAAUCGAUGAAAUGGCUCACGAUUUGAAGAAUCAAAUAAUAGAAAAAUUAAAUAAGUCUCCGUUCUUUUCACUUCAGUGUGACGAAACAACGGACAUUUCGCAGAAUUCUCAAUUACUGUUUUAUU